AUGGUCUUCACCAAUCGCGAUUCGGGUUCCUCCUUACUUGGAGCUUUGUUGAGCACUGGAACUGAGAACACAACGCGGAAAACUCUGGAAGCUUCAUUGCAGGAUAUUGCUUUGGCAAAUGAUGAAAAUAUCCAACCGUCAUUUGACCUUCAUAUUCGAUCAUGGCAGUUUUCUAACUUUGAAGACUUUAAAUCAAGGCUCCCGGAUUUUUACUCAUUGAACAAUGUUAGGUAUAAGGUUGUGAGGUGUACACCAUUGACUGCCGAUUCCCUUCAAAAGGCAACGCUCAUCUAUCGCUACAUGAAAUAUGCAUGCUGUUUUUCUGACUGCCCAUCGUAUUUCGUACUAUCUAAAAAACAGAAUUAUCUUCGGAUAAGUCAGUUUAAUAUGAGUCACAACCAUGCUCUUUUACCUGAAAACUACUUCGUAAUGGCUGAUUUAUCCGAAGAGUUUACGAGAUACUUUUCACAAAGAGAGUUUGAAUCUUAUUCGGACGCGAUGAAAGUGUUGCAUAAUUUUGAAGAGGCAACUGGUCUAUCUUUCGUCACUGGAAAUAGCCAAAAAUUCAAGGAGGACGACCCAAAAAGCUUGAAAUUGGUAUACAAACGCCUCCUUCUCGUUUGUGUUCUCUACAAGAGUCGCUAUAAGAAGACAGCAAAAACAGGGUGCCGAGCGAGUAUAACGUUUGUCAGCAAUAAGGACGUGAUGAAGAUUUUGGCUUUUAAUAUGAAGCAUAAUCACGUCUGCGGAAGUGAACUAAAAGUGCUUUGCAAGCGAAGAGCAUGGAUUGAGAACCCCUUCCCUAGCCGCCUCGAAAACCCCCUUUGUGCCGAAUUGAGCGCACAUUGCCAUUCGACGCAGCGCACCCUUGAAACAGAACCUUUUUCAUCGUGUGUUGGCGCAAAUAAUGUGUUGAUUUUUAGCAAUGCACAAAUACUUUCUUUUGACGAACUUUGCAGUAGUAUUAAGAGGUUUAAUGAGGUCACAGGCUCGGAGUUUGUCUAUUCCCAUGGACUAAGAUUCCCAAUAUCCGAUAAAACUUGGAUGAGGAUUCUCUUCAAAACGAUUGUGUUUGUUUGUGUUCGUGCAGGCUCUGAUAGCAUUACUUGCAAAACUAGGUCUGUUCGAACGAAUUGUCCGUCUCGGAUCAGCUUCCGGUACGAUGGGAAGGGGUUCACAUUGCGGCAGUUCAAUGUUGUGCAUAACCACGAGACGAUAAGCGAGCUGAUGGGCCAUUGGACCACUACUGUGGGCAAUUACGAUCGCCGGUUUGAAUACGUAUCUACCCUGUUAAAUCUGAAAAUCCCAUGCCAAAUCGUACAAUUUUGUGUAAAAAGACGAUUCGGGUUGUCGAUGUGUCUAGCGGAUAUUCGCAGAAUGCAACGGAAACGCCGAAAUAUUUUUGAUUCAUCUGAAGUUGAAUAUGACGAAGAUGAUGCGUCGUCACACGCAUUAGGGUUGGAGACUUACGUUCAUUAUAAUUGCCCAUUUGGGUAUUGUGACUGGGAAGGAACGAAUCAUCCAAGUAGAAAUACUAGGUGGAAAGGUAUGCGUCCAAUUUCAGUACGCUCGGAGGGUUGUCACAAACAAAGACUCAUUUUAGCAGUAGAAGGUCUUUUGGUAAUCGACAGAAGAAUCUACAAACUUCGAUCAAAGAGCGUGCAGCAAAACCUAGCAAGCAAACGCGGCGAAAAUAGCUGUUCUUCAAAUCUUGUGUCUUUUCGCACAUCAACGCCGUUAAUUGAUGGUUUCAACAAAUAUUUCUGGUGCGCGCACUCCGCCCUCGUCCUCGAUAUAGCGGACGUGAUAGGUCUCCACCGUUGUUCUGACCUUUCGUACAGGGCACCAGCUGCAUUCACAGAUACACUUUACACAGGAAUUAAGUUUCCUCUUCUCAACCACGGCCUUGAACUCAUAGACAGUUUUGCUGAUCUGUGUUGCGGAGUUGACGUAUACCACCCUGUAUUCGCAACGUGGUGGAUCGGAUAUACUCUCGAAGGCCCCGAGCAGCUUCUUUUGGACCUCAUUAUUACGUCUUACAUCUCGAGGAAAGUGGGAUUCUUCUGCGGUCUUAAAAGUAUUGGAUGCACAGAGGCUGAGGCGGCGUUAUCCCAUCCGGUCGCACAAGCAGAUGGCAACGAAGAUGUACCAAGGGCACAACGCUAUGAAGGUAUGGCUGAAAGCAGUUGA